AUGAACUGUCGGAGAGUGUUCAAGUCCGUACAAGCGUUGGCGGCUCACAGCUUCCUCUUCAGUUUCACGCUCGCUUUGGUGCUCAAGCUCGACCACACCGUCUCUUACUCCUGGUGGGUUGUGUGUCUACCUCUGUGGGCUUUCCAUGCUGUUGUCGCAAGGGGAAGAUUCUCGCUUCCUGCUCCAAUCGCUCCUCGUAACCGUCAUUGGGCUCCAUGUCAUGCUAUUGUCGCAACACCGUUGCUUAUAGCUUUCGAAUUGCUCCUCUGUGUAUACCUCGAGAGUGCAUAUGCUGCUCGUUGGCCACCAGCUGUGAGUUUGAAGAUUGUUUUUCUUCCUUUAUUGGCGUUUGAAGUAAUCAUACUGGUGGACAAUGCCAGAAUGUGUCGGGCACUGAUGCCUGGAGAUGAAGAGAGCAUAAAUGAUGAAGCAAUAUGGGAAGCACUUCCUCAUUUCUGGGUUGCGAUUUCCAUGGUGUUCUUUCUGGCUGCUACAAUCUUUACCCUUCUAAAGCUGUCUGGUGAUGUAGCUGCUCUUGGCUGGUGGGAUUUAUUCAUUAACUUCGGAAUUGCAGAGUGCUUUGCUUUUCUUGUAUGUACAAAGUGGUCCAAUCCAGUAAUUCAUAGAAGCUCACGUGUCAGAGAAACCGGGUCGUCUUCUACCACAACUAGAUAUGUUGACUGGAACAGUGGCCUUAUGGCUUUUUCAGAAGACGAAAGAGACCAAGAUGGAACGUGUGGCCUGCAAGAUUUUGGUGGUCAUCUUAUGAAAAUUCCCCUCAUUUUAUUUCAAGUGGUGCUCUGCAUGCAUCUAGAGGGGACUCCUCAAGGUGCUAAGUAUAUACCUGUCCCAGUCCUGUUUUCUCCACUCUUCCUAUUGCAAGGCGUUGGUAUUCUGUUUGCUGCUUCUAAAUUAAUAGAGAAGGUUGUUCUAUUACUGCGUGGCGAAGAUGAUACAGGACUGUAUUUUAGAUUUUCAUCCAGAGCACAUGAUUGCUUGGGUUUCUUGCACCAUGGAUCCAGGCUACUAGGUUGGUGGUCAAUUGAUGAAGGAAGCCGAGAGGAGCAAGCUCGAUUGUACUUUGAUCAAGACCCUUGUUACAAUACCUUCUGUGGCCACCCACCUGAAAUAGUCAAGAAAAUGCCAAAGAAAGAUCUUGCGGAGGAGGUGUGGAGACUUCAAGCAGCACUCGGUGAACAAACCGAAAUCACGAAAUUCAGCCAGCAGGAAUAUGAGAGACUGCAAAAUGAGAAAGUGCUGUGUAGGGUUUGUUUCGAAAGAGAAAUCAGUGUGGUACUGCUUCCAUGUAGACACCGUGUUCUCUGCAGAAACUGCUCAGAUAAGUGUAAAAAAUGUCCCUUCUGCCGUAUAACCAUCGAAGAGCGGCUCCCUGUAUAUGAUGUUUAA